AGCACUUGAUUCAUUCGAUUCCGGUUCCCGUUCGCGAAACCAGUUUCUUUCAAUCGAGGUGAUGGCGGACGUGCAGAUGGGGGAGACGGAGACCUUCGCGUUCCAGGCGGAGAUCAACCAGUUGUUGAGUCUCAUCAUCAACACCUUCUACUCCAACAAGGAGAUCUUCCUGCGCGAGUUGAUUAGCAACGCCUCGGAUGCACUCGAUAAGAUCCGGUUCGAGGGUCUCACCGACAAGAGAAAGCUGGACGCCCAGCCGGAGCUCUUCAUCCGCCUCGUGCCUGACAAGUCGAACAAGACGCUUUCCAUCAUCGACAUCGGCAUUGACAUGACCAAAGCUGGUAAUUUCUCUUCUCCGCACCUUGUCGGGAUGACGCCGCCGUCCCGACGAACGCUCAAGAAAUGCCUUAAGAUUCUUCCUCAUGAUAUUUUUGUUUAUCAUGGCAACGUCCAGAAGUCUAUGGCAACCGCUUCUGCUGAGGGUGGCCUCGAUCCCAUACUUGCCUACACUGCCGGAGCAGAGAUCGAGCAGCUGCAGUGGUCUUCCUCCCAGCCCGACUGGGUUGCCAUUGCCUACUCCACUAAGCUUCAGAUUCUGAGAGUUUAA